AUGGAGCUGGGAGUUCAAGUCACCCUGGUCGCGCAGCAAAUCGCAAAGGCAAUUCACACCAUUGAGCGCAAGGAGAUCCGCGUCAGCAAUGCCCGCCGCAACUGGCCCAAUGAGGUACCCGACAUUUUAGUUUGCACUCCUCGAGCAGCAGCACAGGGCUUGGCUCCCUGCCAGAGCCAAGAUGAAAUGGCUCGCAAACAAGCCUUGAAGCGAAUCAAAGAUGUGGAGUUGGUGGUCUUUGAUGAAGCAGACCUCUUGAUGGACUUCGGAAGUCAGUCAGACGACGUGCAGGCACAAAGGGAAACUGACUCCAGAAAAUCUAAAAAUAUAUCUAUCUAUCUAUUUAUCUAUUUAUCUACCUACCUACCUAGCUAG